UAUAACUUCCUGCGCUUUAUCCUGGAAAAUGCUACGCACAAUUCCUGCAAGUGUAGCAGGAUAAUGGGCGUGCUUUUCCAGAUCCCGCCCCCGCUUUCCCGCCCAUUCCCGGUGAAAGGUCCCAGCCGCAACGCCGAACAGUACGAUUGCGGCGUCUCAACGCUCACCUGGUCGCAGGUAGUCCGUAAGUGAUAUGUAAUGGUUAAGUGUCAAUUAUUAUUGUUUAUGUUUUUAUUAAGUUGUUAGUGAACCCGUAGUGUUUGUGCGAGUAGGUAUUAGUGACCGUCGAACCAUUGCCGUCGAGAAGGAUUAACGAUGAUCAAAACCGUUGCAGGAAUUCUCCUUUUGAUCUCCUUAGGGACUUGCGUAAAACAUCCAGAACCGUAUUAUGGUAGAAAAAUUGGACCACUACUAGAAUUUGCUCACGGAAUUAAAGGAACGGCUUACGCAGUAGACGAAAGUACGAUAUUUAUUAAGGGCUUUUCCUAUGAUGGGACCGGUCCUGAUGCUUUCUUUUGGAUUGGAAAUUCUCCUAGGCCUAGUCCCGAGGGAAUCAUUAUACCAUAUCCAGAAGACUAUAUCGGACGGGAUCCUCCGGAAUUACGAGCUUACAACAACACCGACAUAAUCCUCAGACUGCCAAUGGGAAAAAGAAUUAGGGACAUCCGAUGGCUCUCCGUCUGGUGUCGGCGGUUCACGGUUGAUUUCGGCGAAGUAUUCAUCCCCCCUAAUCUAGAAGUACCAAAACCCAGAGUCCUCCCCGAAUUCAAGAGACUUGCUCACGGACUACGUUCAGACAAUAUAAGCAUCCUAGACGCCAAAACAUUUUAUAUUCCAAAUUUACACUACGACGGAGCCGGUCCAGACGCGUAUUUCUGGGUUGGAAACGGAUCAGAGCCCAGUCCCUUUGGAAUCAAAGUCCCCAAUGAGAUGGGUUCGUUGGAGCCGCUGAGAGGUUACCAAGGUGAAGACAUAGAAAUUCAACUUCCUGGGUCUCUGACGGUCUACGAUAUUGAUUGGUUGGCCGUUUGGUGUGUGCAGUACAGGCACAACUUUGGACACGUGAUGAUUCCGAAGGAUCUGGACGUUCCUCCGGCUUUGGGCCAAACAAAAAUAUCGACAAGCACAACCCAACGAACAGCAGCACCGACGAACUGUCGAGAGUUUUUAAAUAAACGCAUGCAAGUGCGUUGGGAAAUCAAAGAUGAUCAGGUGGAGAUAACGCUGUCUGGGAAAAUUCGGGAGGACCAGUAUAUGGCCUUUGGAAUAUCGGGAUCGCCUAAUCCGCCUAGAAUGGUGGGUGGGGACGUGGUGGUCGCAUUCUACGACCCAGAGACGUUCGAUUUCCAAGCCGUGGAUUACUACAUGUCGCACACGGCCCAAUGUGACGGCAAGCUGGGCGUCUGCCCUGACGAGAGAAUAGGUGGUCGCAAUGAUGUGACCCUAAUAUCUGGCGAACGCAAGAACGGCGUAACAACUGUCAAAUUUCGCCGGCCACUCAAGACUAAUGAGGCGAAUAAUGACCAGCCAAUACCGGAACACGGGGAGGUCAGUGUCAUAGCGGCCUUUGGGCCGUUAAAUUCCAGAAAGGAGGCGAACGCCCAUUCCAUAACGGACAAAACCACGGAGGACCACAGGAUAGAUUUCAGCAAUUACGACGAUCAUGACUGCACCAUCAGCUUGGACGACCUGGCCGACGAAAAUAGACCCAAGCCAUGGCCCCUGGCGAAAAUAAUAGGAGAAACUACAUUCAACGCAAGAAUCGGUCCAACUGGUGGAAAAAGGGGAUACACCGUAAUAACCGGACACCCAUCUUGGGGAAUUGCUUGGUACCUUAAUGAUAUGCUGAUUCCUGAAAUCACGCUUGAGAGAGGACAAACUUACACCUUUGUAAUUGAAGGUGGACAUGAUAGCGCCAAUCCAGCAAGAUACCACCCAUUCUAUAUAACUGAGUCUAAUGAAGGAGGAUUUGGACAAAAAACAGAAGACGAACAAAGAAAACAGAAAGUAUACGCUGGUGUAGACUAUGACCGCGAAGGGUAUCCUUAUCCAACUGCGGCUGGAAGAUACUGCGAAUGGGCCCAUAAAAGCGUCGAUAAAUCUAUGGAAUCGGAAACGUUCAAAGUAUUCAUGGAAACUUUAAGGCUGGAAUGCGAUCAAGGUGAACCAGCUUAUUUGAAUUGGACCGUUCCAAUGGAGGCACCAGAUUUAUUAUAUUAUCAGUGUUACACGCACAACAACCUUGGCUGGAAAAUACACAUAGUCGAUCCUGGUUACAUAUCACAGCACAAUAGUCAGGGACAACUGAAUGGAUCGCCAGCUACCACUUAUUCAUUUUCAGCAUUAUUAGUGAGCUGUCUGUUGGUUUCAUCAGCAAUAAUAACUCAUACUAGAUGGCAUAUUCUCUAACGUUAUAUCGUAACAAAUUCUAGUUCCACAUGGCACUGACUGAUAUCAGAUGACUUCUGCUCAUUUCAGAGUUUUUCAAUUUAUCAUAUCCGAUAUCAUAUCUGUUGAUAUUCUCGUAACUAAACGAUAUUCUAAAAUAUCUUACAUAUUAAAAACUGCUAUCAUAUUUUCAAAUAGAGCUACACAAUGUUUUAGGUGAACGAAAAUCGAGCAGUUUUAAACAUUAUUUAAUUUAGCCGUAAUAUUUGUAACGAGAUAUUUAAGCAUUUUCGACAAUUUACAUACAUAGAAAUACACAGAAUAUAGAAAAAUAUUAAAUAUUUUUUUUUACGGCGAAAAUCUAUUUUUAAUUGUAGAAGAUGGGUUGUAAUUCAUUUUAAUUAUUAAUAAAUAAUUUUAAAAUUAAUGUUUUACGAUGGUGGAUAAACAUGAUUUAUUUUCUCAGUAUAAGUAUAAAUAUAUUUGCUUGCGUCUAUAACCUGAAAAAGUAAUAUACAAGAAACCAUUAAUUAACUUACCUACAUAAAAUUUACUUAAAUGUUUCAAAUUAAAAUAAAUGAUAACAAUAUCUAAAUUUUAUCUUUGUAAACAGAUACCUAACAACCUGUAUAUAUUUUCUAUCUAUUAAACUAACUAAAAUCAGAGAUUUUAUUAUUUUUCCUCUAUUUUAUUUGACUUUAAACGUUAAUUUUACUGAAAUGUCUCAUUGUGUAGCUCUAUUUAUUAUCUUUGUAGACAUCAAUAUAUAUUAUGCCACCUUUUUAAAUGAAAAUAUCAACUUGGUUUAUUGCAACUAAAUCCAAUUCAUAAAAAAAUACAAAGCUGAAAAGCAUAAAUACUUUUCUAACUUUACUGCAAAACACAAAAAAUAAUAUCUAUAAUUUGCCACUUUAGAAGACUGUAGUAGUCUUUUGAAUUAAAAGCGAAAAGGUGUAAAUAAUAUUGAUCUGUGACAUAGUUUAGUCACAUUCACAAUACAAAUGUAUUUGUGUAACUGGAUGCAUAUCCCUUUUUUCAAUUUAAGAUAUAUAAUAAUUAUAUUUAUAUGUAUAGUAAGAUACUUGUAAAAAAAGUAAUUAUUUAUCGUGUAGAAAGUCAGACUAAUGGGUUGUAGGUUGUAGUUUUUUAUUCUAAUACAACAUACCUACAUAAUGUUACCUACUACUUACUGCGGAGUAAGCUAAAUCUAAUAAUACAGUAUACUUCCACUGACAAUUCUUAUGAUUGAUUGUUUUAAAAUCGAGAGUAUCGAGGCACAAUUUUUUUCAUUCACCCAUAAAUCUCAUAUAAAUACAUUUUAAUUAAUAAUUUUUCCCUUUUACAUUUUUAAAUAGAGUUUUUUCUGAUUACCUACAGCGAUAUGGCAUAUGGUAUAGUUUAUUUUUUACUUUUCCUAAAAUUAUUCCAAAAAAUAUUAAAUGUUCUUUGUUCUGCCUUCAACUAUCUUUCAGUUUACAAGCAGCAAGUGAGUCAAAUGUAAAAUUAUGCACCCCGAUUUACUGUUAUCGAAUGUAUUUUAUCUACUAUUUACCAAAAAAAAUACUUUUGGUUUGAUAGUUAAACAAACAAAACCAAAGAACUACUAAAGAAUUUUUUUCAUGCAUAGUGAAUUGUUUCGAAGUUAUGAUUAAAUUCAUUGACUAAAAUCCCUACCUAUUCAAAAAUAAUCAUGUAUGUACAUUUUGAUCUGAGAUUUCUUAAAUUUUUUCUAACAAUCAAACAAUUUUCCAGGUCGCUAUCACAAAUAAAAUUGAGAACUACCAUUUUGUUGUUCAAAGAGGGUAUGAAUCACAAAUUGAUCAAUUAGAUACAAAUAAUUAUUAUCAUUAUUAUUAGAAAAUAUGAAGUAGUUCCCAAUAAACUCCAAACGCUGUUUGUCGCAAACUAUCAUAAAUAAACAUUAUUAACCGUCGCAUUUUAAAAAACCUGAUACAAGUUUGCUUCAAUAUUGUUCGGCGACGUAUAUGGAUUUAUUUUUUUAUUUCAAACUGAGUUUUCAGCAAAACCAGGAGACAGCAACACCCUCUUUUGUUUUUGAGAUACUCUUCGAUUUGGUGUUUCUAUAAUUUUCACUAAGUUUUAUCGAAUAGCAGUAUAAUUAAUUGUAUUCAUUACUACAAUCCUGAAUGUAAUUGUUUAUUUAAUAUGAUAUAUAUGUACACGAGAUAAAAAAACAUUCCAUUCCAAAUUCCAGUUAUACUCAAUAUGCUUACAUUUGACAUCUUAAAACAGUGUUAAUUCUAGAUAGAGCAUGCGGAUUAUGUUAAUAAUAAAUUAAGGUCAUAUCGGAUAGAAUUCGCUAUAACUUUGCAUUGCUUAUAGAUACAGCAGAUCAAUUGUCACAGGUUGCCUUGUUGAAAUAUCUGGAGUUACAAGAACCACAAAUAUUUUUUCCUUUCUGAUUGAUGCACAACUAACAACUUUUUUGUAAGAAAAUUGAUGUAAACAUGUGAUCUCAAAGAACGAAGGCCUAUCAAAUGUGGGCAAAAUCUGCAAUAGGCAUGUUGUUAUCGAGCGGUAGUUAUCUGAUAAAUGUUGGUGAUCAUGCAACAUAUUCCGAGUUUCAAUAAUAAUUGUAGAUAUACCUUCAAGAGCGGUAAUUUUGAUAAAACUAAAUCCUGUUUUAUGAUGACAGCGGAGCAUUUCAACUUAUCCCCUACAUAACUGAACGAUCCAAAGAUCUGCACUGGACAAUACCUUUGACAAUAAAUAUUUUCUCGAAAUAUAUUUUAAUGUUAGUUAAAUAUUUGUACUAUGAACAGAGUGAGACGAUUCGUAAUCUUGUAGUGAAACAAUGUGAAACAAUGAAAAAAUUUAAAAAGAAAGUAGGUAUAACAUAAACACUUUCUCCACAUGGAGGCAGAAUUGGAUGUAAACAUAUAAUCAACAAAUAUAUCUAUAAAUUCACUGUUUUCGAGAUACAAGGUGUCAAAGAUUUCGAAAUUCCAGGUUGUAAUGAGAUAUUUUCAUAAGAUACUUUAAGUUUAAAUAUUUCCAUUAUCACCUGUGGUACUCUAUUUUUAUUGUAAAUUAAAGGAGAGUGCCACAGGGUUUCUACGCCAGUGGUGAUAAUGGAAAUAUUUAAACAUACUGAGUAAUUAUACCCAUUACAACCUAGAAAUAUUGUUAUUUUAUCACGAAGGGUUUCCAUGUAAUUAAAAAUAUAACAAAAAUUUCGAAAUUUUUGAUCUAGAAAACUAGAAAUCUAGAUAUAUUUGAGUAAAUCUUGUUUAUUUUGACUGUACAAGCAUUCCUUGCAUGGAUGCCUGUCAUACCUGAGACACCCUGUAUAUUAACAAAGUUUUGCAUGAUUCUCGAAUAUUUGCAAGGGUAAAUUUAUCUACAAUUUCUCGUAAUUCUUAGGCAGUCGAUAUUACCCCAACGAUUCCAACAUUUUAAAUAAAAAAACAUGUUCUAUUCUCUUCAAAUUUUUCAAAGAAGUUUUUGGUAAAGCAAAGAAAUCCUUAUUCAUUUUACUUGUCUCACUUUGUGCAUAAGAUCUUACAAAAAGAACACAAAUCGAUUCAAUAUAAGAUAUUUAUAUAUGUUCCCUAGUAAAAUUGUUUUAAAAAUCUGAUUUUUAAGUAUAGAGUCUUUUGUGCUUGUAGGUGUACUUUGAAGGACAAAAAUGUUCGCGUUUCUCUAAAAUUACUGUGUAGACCAUUCAUGAGAGAUACUAUGUUUUUUAGUAAAUAACAUCUUUAUACACUUUUACUGGGCUUGUGUACUUUUUAUAUAGUAGUCAAUAAUUAACUAUGCAACUGGAGACAAUAAAAAAACUUAAUUAUUAGUAUAUAUACUUAAUAUAAUAAAUAUAAGAAUGUGUGCACAAAUCAAAUAUGACAAUAAUUUGCAAGUAUUAACUGUAAUAUAUAAAACUAUAAGUAUGUCUUAAGGCUGUUCUUAAAGACAAUAAUUAUUUUAUAAUACCUAUUUAACAUAUUUGUAUACUUUUAAAUUUGUAAUAUGGUGUUAAUAGUUACACGUAAGUAUUUAUAAUAUAUAAAGAUGUUAGUGUUUACUUAAAACUAUUCUAAAAAUUUCAUAUCGAUGCUUUUUAAAUGUUGUUAUC